GGCAGUGCCUUCUCUUUCCCCCCCUCCCCGGCCCGCCUUCUUGGUGGUCUUCCUGAAGGAUUUAAAAGUGUUCUCUGAAACUCCGAAUCGACGAAGAGACGGGGCGUUUCAUUCGACCCGCAUAUCUGAAGCCUCAACUCAGUUCAGUGUUGUUAUGGCUUCUGAUGCUCCUCGAGCUCGGAUUGACCAGUUCUUUGCAUCAAAGAAGAAGAGGAAAUUUGAAUCACCUGCUUUGAAAUCUCCGAGAGUCAAUAAGGAUGCGAAGAUUUCGAUUGAAGGGUCUCCAGGCACCAAAGGCUCCCUGGAGAGUUAUCUAGUCAAUUCUAAGGACAAUAGUACGCCUUUGCACGAGGCAGGUGGUUCAGCCGUUAAGAGAAAUUUGACAUUAGAUCUAGGGCUAAUUUCCAAACAUGGAAAGGAAGUGGCUGUUUCUUCAAGGCAAGCACAUUCUCAAGGUUUUGAAACUACUGGUGAAGGGCAGAAAUUUGAAGUGUUAUCCAAUACAGGCUUUGCAGCUAGAGAGCUUCCUAAAGAUUCCUUGGAGUCGACAGGAGUUCAGGAAAAUUUAGAGCUUAAACAAUUUGCUAGUGAUUUCUUGUCAUUAUACUGCAGUGAAGUACCACCUAGUGAAAGUUUACCAUUACAGCAAAAUGUGCAUCCUAAUAAAAGGCAUGCUAGCCCAUCUACUUGUGAUCUGGAUGUUAUGACAUCAAAGGGAAGGAGGCCCUUUACUGCUGAUGGGAGCCACUCUUCUGUUGAGGACAAUGCAGCUAGCUCCCCUAAUAAGUAUCUUGAAGAUACCUGUAAUAAUGUGGCUGCUAAGUCUGCAUAUGCAAUUGUGCGUUCCAGUGAGGUGAAUGUGGAUAGACUUGCUGAACCUCAAAUAAGCUUGAGAAAAUGUAAUAAUGUUCCUGUUGCUGAAGCAACUGAGUCUCUAACACCUGGUUUGUCUGCUACAAAACAUGUGGCUGGUACUCCAUCAUCAGGACAUAGGACCUCUAUAUUUUCACCGGGAGAAACUUUCUGGAAUGAAGCAAUUGAAGUUGCUGAUGGGUUAUUUGCUGGAAAUAAGAAAGUUGCUUACCAAGUUACUAAAGAAACUGAAGCUUUGAAUACCCGGCAUGAGAUACUUAGUUCCAACAAUCUAAAAAAUGGAGGAUGUGGCAAUAAAUCAAACAAAUUAAUUGAAGGAAUUGCAGAUAAAGUUUCUGGUGUGGGAAUGGUUCCUGCUAUUGUGCCAAUAAGGAAGAUUGGUAAGGAAUUGGAUAAAGAAGUCUCUCCAUUGCCUGUAAAGCAUUUUGACUUUGCUUUAGAGGACAAAUUUUUUUCUCAAAGUAAGAAUUGCCAGAUUCUCAGUGGGCAGCAAGCCCAGCAUGUUUCUGCAGCUAAUCAAUAUGUUCACAGCACCUGCAAUGAAGCUCAAGUAAAUGGAUCUUCACAUGAGGAAAAUGUUGGCACCUCAAAAUAUGCUGCUUCUAAAAGUAAAGUGGAAGUCUUUGUGCAAGACAAUGGUAGCCCAAUGUUUAAUACACCAACCGAGAGAUCAGGUGAUAUCAAAGCUAUUUCUGAAUCAAGUCAAGAUGAUACUCCUUCAAGUUUUGCCCUGCAAAAGGAUCGUUUAGAUCUUAGCAAUUGGCUUCCACCUGAAAUAUGUAAUGUAUACAAGAAGAAGGGUAUAUCAAAAUUGUAUACAUGGCAGGUUGAUUGCCUGCAUGUGGAUGGUGUUCUGGAGAACAGGAAUCUGGUUUAUUGUGCCUCUACAAGUGCUGGUAAAAGCUUUGUUGCUGAAAUUUUAAUGUUACGGCGAAUCUUAUCAAAGGGAAAAAUGGCAAUCCUUGUACUGCCAUAUGUAUCCAUCUGUGCAGAAAAGGCAGAUCACCUAGAGGUCCUUUUAGAACCACUUGGGAAGCAGGUACGCAGUUAUUAUGGAAAUCAAGGCGGUGGAGCCCUUCCAAAGGACACAUCUGUUGCUGUUUGUACAAUUGAAAAAGCAAACUCCUUAGUUAAUAGACUGCUAGAAGAGGGUCGUCUUUCAGAGCUUGGUAUAAUUGUGAUUGAUGAACUGCAUAUGGUUGGUGAUCGGAGCAGAGGUUAUUUACUGGAGCUAUUGCUGACAAAGCUUCGGUAUGCAGCUGGUGAAGGCAACACAGAAUCAUCCAGUGGAGAAAGUUCAGGUAUGAGCAGCGGGAAAGCUGACCCUGCUCAUGGUCUUCAAAUUGUUGGAAUGAGUGCAACUUUGCCAAAUGUGGCUGCAGUCGCUGAUUGGCUUGAUGCAGCUUUGUACCAAACAGAUUUCCGCCCUGUUCCAUUAGAGGAGUACAUUAAAGUAGGUAACACAAUUUAUAACAGAAAGAUGGAAAUUGUAAGGACAAUGUCAAAAGCUGCUGAGCUUGGUGGCAAAGAUCCAGAUCAUAUUGUUGAGCUGUGCAAUGAGGUUGUUCAAGAUGGUCAUUCCGUGCUAAUUUUUUGUUCCAGUCGAAAAGGAUGUGAAUCAACUGCUAGGCAUGUUGCAAAGUACUUGAAGAAAUUCUCAAUCAGCCCUCACAACAACCAGACUGAAUUGUUUGAUAUUGAUUCUGCCAUUGAUGCCCUGCGAAGAUCUCCUGCAGGCUUGGAUCCUAUACUAGAAGAGACUCUUCCAGCUGGUGUUGCCUACCACCAUGCUGGACUUAUGGUUGAGGAAAGAGAGACUGUUGAAAGUUGUUAUCGCAAAGGACUUGUACGAGUUUUAACUGCUACGUCAACUCUUGCUGCUGGAGUUAACCUCCCUGCCCGGAGAGUUAUUUUCCGACAACCCCGUAUUGGGUGCGACUUUAUUGAUGGAACAAGGUACAGGCAGAUGGCUGGUCGUGCUGGCCGGACAGGAAUUGAUACAAAAGGAGAGAGUGUGCUGAUUUGCAAACCAGAGGAAAUAAAAAGAAUACUGAGACUCAUAAAUGACAGCUGCCCACCAUUGCAUUCUUGUCUGUCAGAUGAUAAGAAUGGAAUGAUCCAUGCAAUAUUAGAGGUUGUUGCUGGUGGCAUUGUUCAGACCGCUAAUGAUAUUCACCGAUAUGUUAGAUGUACCCUUCUUAAUUCAACAAGACCAUUUGAAGAUGUGGUAAAAUCAGCACAAGAUUCUCUUCGAUGGUUAUGCCACAGGAAAUUUCUUGAAUGGAGUGAUGAUACAAAAUUAUACACUACCACACCUCUCGGUCGAGCAUCUUUUGGUAGUUGUCUCUCUCCAGAAGAAUCACUUGUUGUAUUGGAUGAUCUGUUGAGGGCAAGAGAAGGUUUUGUACUUGCAUCUGAUCUGCAUCUGGUUUACUUAGUCACACCCAUUAAUCUUGAGGUUGAACCGGAUUGGGAUUUGUAUUAUUCAAGGUUCAUGGAAUUGCCUACUUUAGAUCAGUCUGUUGGCAAUCGAGUUGGUGUUCAAGAACCCUUUUUGAUGCGGAUGGCUCAUGGAGCUGCUCCAGUUCGCAGCUUCAAUAGAUCAAGGGAGGGUAAUAAGGGAUUGCAGGUAAAGCUUGAGUGCAAAUCUGGGGUUUCAAAUCAUAGCGUGCUUUCAGAUGAACAAGUGCUACGGGUGUCUAGGAGGUUUUUUGUGGCUCUAAUACUAACAAGACUUGUACAGGAAGUGCCUGUUCCGGAGGUUUGCAAUGCUUUCAAAGUGACUAGGGGCAUGGUUCAGGGACUGCAAGAAAGUGCUGGGAGGUUUGCAUCUAUGGUGGCUGUCUUUUGUGAAAGGCUUGGUUGGCAGGACCUUGAAGGCUUAGUUGCCAAAUUCCAAAAUCGUGUUUCCUUUGGAGUCAGGGCAGAGAUUGUGGAGCUCACUACCAUACCUUAUGUUAAGGGUUCCCGAGCUAGAGCACUUUACAAAUCUGGUUUGCGGACUCCUCAAGCAAUUGCAGAAGCAUCACUUCCUGAAAUUGUGAAAGCACUUUUUGAAUCUUCGUCAUGGUCUGAACAAGGAUCUGUACAGCGGAGGAUGCAAUUGGGAGUUGCCAAAAAGAUUAAAAAUGGUGCGCGCAAGAUUGUUCUUGAGAAAGCUGAAGAGGCAAGAAUUGCUGCAUUCUCAGCUUUCAAGUCACUUGGACUUGAUGUGGCACCGCUUUCUCGACCUCUUCUGUCAACUGCUGCAGGAAAUGCUGAUAGGAAACAAUCAAGCACCUCUUCUGACGAAAAGUCAACUAGCAGUUUUGUUCAUCCGGAGCAUAUAAACCAUGUAGUUUCGACAUCAGCCAACGAAGGAAAUGAGAAGAUAAAUAGGGUUAUUUCAGCAGCAGGAGAAGAAAAUUCUAAAGGUAGAUUUUCUAUACAAUAUAAUAUUGCUUAUGGUGAGGCAGGUGAGCCUGUUUCAGCUGCAGAAGGGUAUAGAAGUAUCAAUUCUGAAAAUGAAACAAGCACUACUCUUCCUCUUCAGUUCAAUAGCAAUGAAGAAAAAGCCUAUGGUGAGGAUAUUGGUCAUAUGGUGCAGAAGCUGCAUGACAGGGAUGGAACUAGUACCAGAAAUGACAAGAAUGCACUGGAGAGCGGUCCAGUUAAUGCAGUUAGGAGUCCUGGGGGAUUUGAUACUUUCUUGGAUCUCUGGGACGCUGCUGGAGAAUUCUAUUUUGAUAUCCACUUCAACAAAAGAUCUGAACUGAGCACCAAUGUUCCUUUUGAAAUUCAUGGCAUAGCAAUCUGUUGGCAAAAUUCUCCUGUGUAUUAUGUCAAUUUUCCCAAAGAUUUAUUUUGGUCAAACAGCAAAAAAAAUCUUCUGCUGUCCAAUGUUUUUGGUGAUAAUGAUGCUCUAUCACCAAAGCAUCAAUGGGAGAUGGCGUUACAACGAUGGGAUAGAAUUAGAACUAUAAUGGGGAAAAACAAUGUAAAAAAGUUCACUUGGAACUUGAAAAAACAGAUUCAGGUGCUUGAGUGCCCUGCUGUUUCAAUUCUGAGAUUUGGUUCAGUGAAUGCUGUGGCCAAAGCUGAGGGUUUGAAUCUAAAUGAAGGGUAUUAUAUUUUGUCUCCUGUCCACUUACAAGAUGCAUUUGAUCUUUGCAUUGUGGCAUGGAUUCUUUGGCCUGAUGAGGAGAAGGGUUCUAGUCUUAGUCUAGAGAAGGAAGUCAAGAAGAGGUUAUCAAGUGAGGCUGCUGCAUCUGCUAACCAGAAUGGUAGAUGGAAGAACCAAAUGCGAAAAGCUGCUCAUAAUGGUUGUUGCCGCCGAGUUGCACAAACACGGGCCUUGUGUUUGGUUCUUUGGAAACUACUAAUAUCUGAAGGUCUUCUUAAGCCUCUUACAGCUGUGGAGAUGCCAUUGGUUGAUAUUCUUUCAGAUAUGGAGCUGUGGGGAAUUGGUGUUGACAUGGAAGGCUGCCUACGAGCUCGGGAAAUCGUGAGAAGAAAGCUAAAGUGUUUGGAGAGGGAAGCUUACAUGCUGGCUGGCAUGAACUUUUCAUUGAAUACUCCUGCAGACAUCGCAAAUGUACUUUAUAACCACUUAAAGCUUCCUGUUCCAAACAGUGAUGACAAAGGGAAACAACACCCCAGCACUGAUAAACAUUGUUUGGAUUUGCUAAGGGAUGAGCAUCCUAUUAUUCCUGUUAUCAAAGAGCACAGAACACUGGCAAAACUCUUGAAUUGUACAUUGGGUUCAAUUUGUUCACUUGCUAGGCUAUCUAUGAGGACACAGAGGUAUACACUGCAUGGUCAUUGGCUGCAGACAUCAACAGGUACAGGACGGCUUUCAAUGGAGGAACCGAAUCUCCAGUGUGUUGAACAUAUGAUUGAUUUCAAGAUGAAUAACAAUGAUAAAGCUGAUGGUGAGUCAGAUGCUGACCAUUACAAGAUCAAUGCUCGUGACUUCUUUGUGCCUACUCAGGAGAACUGGCUAUUUCUAACAGCAGACUACUCUCAGAUUGAACUGAGACUUAUGGCCCAUUUCUCUAAAGAUUCCUCUUUGAUUGAGCUCCUAAGUAAUCCCCAUGGUGAUGUUUUCACCAUGAUUGCAGCAAGGUGGACAGGGAAAUCAGAGUCUAUUGUGAGCUCAAAAGAGCGAGACCAAACUAAGAGGUUGGUUUAUGGCAUUCUGUAUGGAAUGGGAUCUAAAUCUCUUGCUGAACAAUUGGGCUGCAGUUCAGAUGAAGCUAUUGAAAAAAUUCAAAGCUUCAAAGGCUCUUUUCCCGGUGUUGCUUCCUGGCUACAAGAAGCAGUUUCUAUCUGUCGUGAGAAAGGUUAUGUGGAGACCCUUAAUGGACGAAAGCGUUUCUUGUCAAAAAUCAAAUUUGGAAACAGUAAAGAAAAAUCUAAAGCUCAGCGGCAGGCUGUGAAUUCAAUCUGUCAGGGGUCUGCCUCUGAUAUUAUCAAAAUAGCAAUGAUAAGUGUCCACUCUGCAAUUGUCAAGGAUAUUCCAAAGUCUAGAUCUAAUUCUGCAUUGCCUGAAAACUUUGACAUGCUUAAAGGGAGAUGCCGAAUCGUCCUACAGGUUCACGAUGAACUUGUCCUUGAAGCUGAUCCUUCUGUUGUCAAGGAAGCUGGAAUGUUGCUCCGUACAAGCAUGGAAAAUGCAGUAUCACUUCUUGUACCCCUUCGCGUCAAACUGAUGGUUGGAAGAACAUGGGGAUCUUUGGAGCCUUUCCUCGUUGAAGGAUCUAAUAGUGAUGUUACAGUACCUACUUCAUAAGAUGUUCGCAUGCUGAUGUUGGAUUGUGUAGUGGGCAACACAUGUUAUUGCUGAUUUAUGGCUAAAGCCUGCUUCAGCUGGCUUCUCGAAAGUUACAACUGCGACAUCAAUUCAUUUAUCUCAAAGGGUUUGAAUAAGGUCAAGGAGUUUGGUUUGCAAUGAGAUGGUGUAACGAAGCUUUCCUGUGCUUCAACUUCUGAUGGCUUCGGAGUUUUCUUCAGCCUGUUUUACUUGGUUCGUGCACUUUGUAUUGAUUGGGGAGGAUUUGGACAUUGAUACAACGUGAAGCAGUGAAGCUGAGUCACUAUAUGGCUUCGAGAGGCUGGGUGUUACAGUAUUAUCACCCUUUUGCCGGUCUCUGUCUUAACUGUUUUUUUGGUUGGUUCAACGCUGCUCUUUGAAGCUGACAGUUAUGAACAGUAUCACUGGAAAUGCAUAGCAUAAAUUUUAAACUCAAGUGUAAUAAGUAACAUGCCAAAUGAGAGGGAAUUUUCUCCUGUGUUGUUAUUAUUAUUAUUAUUA